AUGGCCUCCAAACCCCCUGGCGCCUGCUGUGCCUCUGGCUUCAAACACGAGGGCAACCCCGUCGGUGAGAUCAAGAACGUUGACGGUGUCAACACCUAUGUCACCUACCCCAAGGACAAGAGCACUGACAAGGCGGUCCUCUUCCUGACCGACAUCUUCGGCAUCUUCCCCAACGCUCAGCUUCUCGCCGACGAGUUCGCCAACAAUGGCUAUCUGACAGUCAUCCCCGACCUGUUCCAGGGUGAUCAGAUCUCGGUUGCCGCCAUGGAGUCCGGCAAGGCUGACUUGCCCGCCUGGUUGCCCAACCACCAGCCCAACAAUGUCGACCCCGUCGUUGAGAAGACCGUCAAGUACAUGCGCGAGACUCUCGGCGUCAAGAAGAUCGGUGCCGUUGGCUACUGCUUCGGUGGGAAGUACGUUACUCGCUUCUUGAAGCCCGGCCAGAUUGAUGUCGGUUUCUCCGCUCAUCCCUCGUUCGUCACCCACGAGGAGCUCGGCGCUAUCAAGGGCCCCUUCUCCAUCGCCGCCGCUGAGGUCGACCAGAUCUUCACCACGCAGCUCCGCCACGAGUCCGAGGACACUCUGAUCAAGACCGGCCAGCCAUGGCAGAUCAACCUGUUCAGCGGUGUUUCGCACGGCUUCGCCGUCCGCGCCGACCUGAGCGACCCGAAGCAAAAGUGGGCUAAGGAGCAGGCCUUCUGCCAGGCCGUUGUGUGGUUCAACCAGCACCUGUAA